GGCCUAUCAGCGAAGCGCUAAAUUUAAAUAGCCUUCGUAUGUUUGUCAGAGAUAUAACUAAAGGUUGAUUUGGUUACUCCGUUCGAAUCUGAGACUGAGUCAUCAACCGCCUGACAACAUACUGAUACUGGUCUAUUAUAUAAUAUAGCACCGUGACAAACUCAGGGAUGUCGCACUUCAAUUUAGAAAAUCAGAUCAGCAAUUUACAGCUGUUGGAUCAGCCUAUCACGAAAGGUCCAGCACCACGCUGGCAAAGAAAAGUACAAGAGGCCACCUGUAGCAAUGUGAACAUGUCACUAAAUGCAAGCAAGAACAUCAGCAUGACGAGCAAGACACCACUGAAAGGAAAUAUGUCGUAUAGUGCCAACAUGUCAGUGAACAAAACUCCCAGUGAUAAAAGGAACAGUCGAAGUCCAAUGUCCGCCAGUAAAAAGACUCCAGGAAAGUCAAAAACGCCCAAAAAGACCCCAAGUGGUCUCCACGACAGAUUCAUCCCUAACCGCAGUGCUACACAAUAUGAACUUGCUCACUAUCUGAUUGCGAAUAAUAAAGAGGAAGAUAAAGCAGAUGCAGAGGCGCUGAGUCCAACGAAGAGAGAGUUUCAGCGAGCGAUGAGCGAGAAUCUGAAUGGAGGCAUGGAUGUGAGCGCCAGGAUCGUUGCUUACAGGAGUAGACCUCCAUCGGCCCCAGAAGGUCACCAGAACAACUUGAAAGUGCUCUACAGUUGCAGCAAGACGCCCGGUUCCAGCCGAAAGACGACCCGACACAUACCUCAGGUUCCAGAGAGAAUUCUAGAUGCACCAGACAUUGUAGAUGACUACUUUGUGGGACGUUGACACGAGGAAGCGUCUGCGUGUGAUGGGAGGCCACGCGGCGCGCGUCGGCGCCCUCUCCUGGAACUCCUACGUACUAUCGAGCGGCUCGCGCUCGGGCGCCGUGCACCACCACGACGUGCGGCUGCCGCAGCACCACAUCGCGACGCUCGCCGGCCACACCCAGGAGGUGUGCGGCCUGCGCUGGUCGCCGGACGGUCGCCACCUCGCCAGCGGCGGAAACGACAACCUGCUCAACGUGUGGGACGGCGCGACGUCGUCGCAGAGCGGCCGCACGGCCGAGCCGCUCUAUACCUUCACACAACACCAGGCAGCAGUGAAGGCUUUGGCUUGGUGUCCAUGGCAACCUAGCCUUCUUGCUAGUGGAGGUGGUACGGCUGAUCGGCACAUACGCUUCUGGAACGUUAACACUGGCGCAUGUGUGAGCUCCGUUGACACAAAGUCUCAGGUGUGUUCGAUUCUGUGGUCAGAGGAAUACAAAGAAUUAAUCACUGGACACGGUUUCGCUCAGAAUCAACUAGCCAUCUGGAAAUACCCUCAGAUGAACAAGGUUGCUGAGCUUGUUGGUCACACGGCUCGUGUGCUACAUAUGGCCAUGUCACCAGACGGCAGCACCGUAGUUUCCGCGGCAGCAGACGAGACUUUGCGUCUGUGGAACUGCUUCAUGCCUGACGCCCAGAAGAAGAAGGAGAAGGUUGCAGAGGGAAGCCGCUCCACUAGCAUGAUGAGGCGAUGCAUCCGCUAACUUAACACCGGUUGUGUCGUCACCACCGCCAUUAUUCUUGUAUAAAAUUUUGUCAAUAUUAUGUCAUAUAUCAGCUUAUCUGCGAAGGAAAGCUGUUGCUACUAUACACUCUGUGAUCGGUAUCUUAAUUCUCAAGGCUAAGACACUGUACCUCCUAUGACAGGGGUCGUUACCAAUCAUCACAUGCCUACAAACUGGUGUGUGCGCACGCAUGUGUUAGCGAAGGGGUCAAUGUGCGGUUUUCGACAUGCAAAUAAAUAUAUAUAUAAAUAAAUAUGUCUCGUAUCCGCAAAAUCCCAUUCAGCAGUUCAUUUUGUACACUUUCAAAGUUAAGGGUCACUGAUUGCCAAAUUACGAUCCUGCAAAUACUUGGAGUGGUUUAAAUGUCGCUUAGUUACUGUUUAAUGAUGUGUUGUCUAUAUAUUUAUGUAUUCUACACUAUAGUGAUGUGAAGUUAAAUCGGGUUAAAAUCCAGUUUGUAUGUUGUGUAGAUGACCAUGAAUGAAUCAUGAUGUACAUUUACGAGUUUCUGAGUUUAUACUAAUUUCUAGCAUAUUGGUCUAAUGAAAUGAUUGCCAAAAUGCAUUUUUGUAUUUGUGUUUUUUUUGUAACAAUAUUAUGAGAAAUAAAAUUACAUUCAAAUAGUUUUAAAA